AUGACAAGACCUAGAACAUUUUCAACUCUCUACCGCUGUCUCCAGUACCCAUUGAAAACAUUCCAGUGUUCCUGGCUUGGUGCCGUCUUUCUGAUCAACGCCUUCUCCAGCCUCCUGCUUCUGUACUGUGUGAUGUACAAGAACCCGGGGCACCACCAGCAUCACGGCGCCAGGGUGGAGUUGAACCACGUCUUGACCCAUGCCCUACGGCCACACCCCUCGCAGUCCACCCGUCCACCCAGCCAGAGCCCCUGGGCCCUGCUCGUCCAAUACUGGAGGGGUGGGGAGACAGGUAACCCUCUGAUUGAUGACUACGGUAAAAACAACAUCUCCGGCCCAGGGGAGCUGGGGGUUGGCAUCGAGCUAGAGAAAAAUGAAACUGGUUUACAACUUUUGUCCAAGUUUUCCGUGAACGUUGCAGGCAGUGAUACGAUACCAUUGAACAGAUUGUUGCCGGAUACUAGAAAUAAGGGGUGUGACUCUCUACAGUACGACACAACAAAGCUCGGCCAAGCCUCGGUCAUUGUACCGUUUCACGAUGAAUGGCCGUCACUUCUGCUCCGUACCGUGUACAGCAUCAUCAACAGAUCACCCAGAGAAAACAUCAGGGAAAUCAUUCUGGUCGAUGACGCCAGCACAUUAUCCGAACUGAAAGACAAUUUGGACACGUACGUAAAAGAGAACUUUCCAGCAGGACUUGUACAUAUUGUACGCAUUCGUGAACGUGCGGGUUUAAUUCGAGCACGCAUGCGCGGCAGUCAACUUGCUAGUGGUGAUGUUUUGAUAUUCUUUGACAGCCAUAUGGAAGUCAACAUUAACUGCUUAGACAUGAAUUCUGAACAUAUAGAAUAG